AAAGUCAGAUAGAUGAGCGGUUAAAAUUCUCCCUCAUCGCCAUCGACUGGUCAAGCAGUCAAAGAACCAAAACCUGCGAAAAGUUUCUAAGCUGAACCCUCAAAGUGCCGGACAAAUCUCAAAAUACCCAUCAAUCGGAGCACCCCCAAGAACCGAAAUUGAUCCAAUUUUCGAAUACACAAUGGCCCAAAACCCAAGACCCACAACCAUUCUUGAAUCUCUAGGCGAAGAACUUAUCAGAAUCAUCACACCAGUAUCAAUCUGUAUGUUGCUAGUGGUCAUUUUGGUAACAAUCUUAAACGCGGACUCAUCUUCAUCAGAAACAGUGACCUCCAUAGCCACCAUUGCUUACACUGAGGCCACCUCAGACUCUUCGUGGGACAAAUUCGUAGGUGUCUUGGCUGUGUUCAUGUCAAAAAUGGCAAUUCUUGUCACACAAGCAUAUUUGGUUGUUAUUGGAAUGCUGGUUGCUUAUUGGUUUACAUUAUUGCCUGAAUGGACUACUUGGGUGCUAUUGGUUGCCAUGGCCUUGUAUGAUCUCGCUGCGGUUUUGUUGCCUGUUGGGCCAUUAAGGCUCUUGGUAGAGCUUGCAAUAUCUAGGGAUGAAGAGAUUCCUGCUUUGGUUUAUGAGGCUAGGCCAGUAACUUCUCAUGAUUCCAGUGGUGGUGUGCGUCAGAGGAGAGUUUGGAGAGAUAGGAGAAAUGAGGAUUCGAAUAAUGGGCCUCAUUCCAAUGAGAAUAUCAAUUCUGUUUUGGCGGAGAAUGGAAAUUCUGGGUCAAACUCUAAUGUGAAUGCCAAUGACACUUCACAUUCAAAUUCAAAUCCUGGUGAGUUUGGCAGUGGGCAUAAUGAUUCGAGUUUGGUUAGAGCCGAAGAGGGGCGAAUUCCGGAUAGGGAUCGAGAGCUUUCUGCGCCAUUACUAGAACGGAUAACAAAUGUUGAGCAGCGUGGGCAGGAAGAUGCUGUGGCAAGUGAAAGUGUGGUGCUGGAGGGUAUUGGAUUGGGGUCCUCUGGUUCAAUCAAGCUGGGAUUGGGAGACUUCAUCUUCUACAGCGUUUUGGUUGGGAGGGCAGCAAUGUAUGAUUUUAUGACAGUGUAUGCAUGUUAUCUUGCCAUUAUAGGUGGUCUGGGAAUUACUUUGAUGCUGCUGGCUUUGUAUCAAAAAGCUUUGCCUGCUCUUCCUGUGUCAAUACUGCUCGGCGUAGUGUUUUAUAUAUUGACCCGGCUCUUGCUUGAAGUUUUUGUUGUACAAUGUUCUUUGAACCUCAUCAUGUUCUAGACAGAAAAAUUAUGUUGUACAAGUUUGAUGGGCAGCUACACAACACAUGUAAAGCAUCAGAGUAUACUGUAUGAAACUGAUGAUUGAUUGCUGCAACUUGUAUUUUUCUGUGAAUUUGUUGCAUAUACAGAACCAGUAAGAGCUUUGCUAUAA